AUGGCAGUAAUUGUCUACCUUUCCUGCCUCCUGGCCCUGUUGGUGGCAGGCCUGCCCCAAGGUAUCAAGGGCUCCCUCAGGAACCAGGACCCAGGUCCCCAGCCACUGGAGCUGAAACAGGUCUUCACGUUGUUCCAGAUCCAGUACAACCGGAGUUACUCAAACCCAGAAGAGUAUGCUCGUCGCCUGGACAUCUUUGCACGCAACCUGGCCCACGCUCAGCAGCUGGAGGCGGAAGACUUGGGCACAGCCAAGUUUGGGGUGACUCCAUUCAGUGACCUCACAGAGGAGGAGUUUGGCCAGCUCUAUGGGCACCAGAGGAUGGCUGGAGAGGCACCCAGGAUGGGCAGAAAGGUGGGGUCUGAAGAGUCGGGGGAGUCAGUGCCCUCCAGCUGUGACUGGCGGAGAUUGAAGGGCAUCAUCUCACCCAUCAGGCAGCAGGAAAACUGCAACUGCUGCUGGGCCAUGGCCACAGCGGGCAACAUCGAGGCCCUGUGGGGCAUCAAAUACAACCAGGUGGUGCAAGUCUCCGUGCAGGAGCUGCUUGACUGUGGCCGCUGUGGAGAUGGCUGCAGGGGUGGCUUCGUCUGGGACGCCUUCAUAACUGUCCUCAACAACAGUGGGUUGGCCAGUGAAAGGGACUACCCAUUCCGGGGGGACGUCAAACCCCACAAGUGCCUGGCCAAGAAGUACGACAAGGUGGCCUGGAUCCAGGACUUCAUCAUGCUGCAGGACAACGAGAAGACAAUUGCCUGGUACCUGGCCACCGAAGGCCCCAUCACCGUGACCAUCAACAUGAAGCUACUGCAGCAAUACCAGAACGGUGUGAUCAAGGCUACAUCCGCCACCUGUGACCCCCGGCUUGUGGACCAUUCUGUCCUGCUGGUGGGUUUUGGGACGAGCAAGUCAGUGGCGGGGAGGCGGGCAGAGGGAGGUGCAUCCCAGCCUCAUCCCCGCCACCCAAUGCCGUACUGGAUCCUGAAGAACUCCUGGGGUGCUGAAUGGGGUGAGGAGGGCUAUUUCCGGCUGCACCGUGGGAGUAAUGCAUGCGGCAUCACCAAGUACCCGCUCACGGCCCGCGUGGACCGACCACUGAGGAAGCGCCCAGUGUCCUGCCCUCCCUGA